AUGACGGUAGCUACCAGGACGGUUGUUAUGCCGCCAGUCCCAAAUCGGGAGGACUUAGAUGCGACAUGGAAAUACCUCGAGGCUGGAGUAUCGAAGGUCAUGCUACAAUUGGCAGAUGGUGUUGAUAUGACUACUGUAGAGCUCGUUCUUGCCUCUAAAACACAUGUCGAUGAAGCUCUCCUUAGUUUCUACAUUCGAGAAUGGGACCGAUACACGACAGCAGCAAAAUACAUCAAUCAUUUGUUUCGAUACCUCAAUCGCCAUUGGGUCAAGCGGGAAAUGGAUGAGGGGAAGAAAAAUAUCUACGAUGUUUACACUCUACACCUUGUUCAAUGGAGACAAACUCUAUUCCAAUCUGUCCACGAAAAGGUCAUGGAUGCUGUUCUCAAAAUGGUCGAAAGGCAAAGAAAUGGCGAGACUAUCGAGCAUAAUCAAAUCAAGGCCAUUGUCGACUCCUUUGUGUCACUUGGGUUAGAUGAGGCAGAUCCUACUAAAUCGACCCUCGACGUCUACCGAUUCCACUUCGAGAAGCCAUUCUUGGCAGCCACCGAGGCAUUUUACAGAGCCGAAUCGAAACAAUUUGUUGCGGAAAACAGCAUAGUGGAAUAUAUGAAGAAAGCCGAAAUUCGAUUGGACGAAGAGGAAGAGCGCGUUAGAAUGUACCUUCACCAGGAUAUCAUCAUCCCAUUGAAGAAGGCAUGUAACACUGCUCUUAUUGCAGACCACUCCGUCAUUCUUCGAGACGAGUUCCAGGUUCUUUUGGACAACGACCGAUACGAAGAUAUGGCACGUAUGUAUAAUUUGUUGGCAAGAAUUCCUGAUGGUCUCGAGCCGCUCCGUACCAGAUUCGAGGCCCAUGUUCGCAAAGCUGGUCUUGCAGCAGUUUCGAAAGUCGCUAGUGAGGGUGAUAAACUCGAACCUAAGGUUUACGUCGACGCUCUUCUUGAGAUUCACACACAAUAUCAAGGUCUUGUUAAACAAGCCUUUAAGGAUGAGCCGGAAUUUACUCGAUCUCUUGAUAACGCUUGCAAGGAGUUUGUCAACCGCAAUGAAAUCUGCAAAUCUGGAUCGAAUAAGUCACCUGAAUUGCUUGCCAAAUACGCUGAUUCGUUGUUAAAGAAGAGUGCCAGCGGAGCUGAGGAGAGUGAUAUCGAAAACUCCCUCACACAAAUUAUGACAGUCUUCAAGUAUAUUGAGGACAAGGAUGUGUUCCAGAAGUUCUAUUCACGUAUGCUUGCUCGAAGAUUGGUCCAUACUAGCUCUUCAUCGGAUGAUGCCGAGACAAGUAUGAUCAGCAAAUUGAAGGAGGCAUGUGGAUUCGAAUAUACCAACAAACUUCAACGCAUGUUUCAGGAUAUUCAAAUUUCGAAGGAUUUGAAUAGUGGCUUCAAGGAAUUUGAGUCAGGAAUUUUCACUGGAGGCGAAGAUAAGCCAAUUGAUGCCAGCUACUCAAUAUUGGGUACUGGUAUGUGGCCUUUGAAUCCACCGAACACAGAUUUCACUCCACCAAUGGAAAUCUCUAAAGCCUAUGAGCGUUUUCAAAACUUCUAUAACCAGAAGCACAGUGGUAGAAAGCUCACGUGGCUUUGGCAGUUGUGUAAAGGUGAGAUCAAAGCAAAUUAUUGCAAAAACCAAAAGACUCCAUAUACUUUCCAAGUUUCGACUUACCAAAUGGCCAUCCUUUUAUUGUUUAACGAGAGCGAUAAGAAUAGUUAUGAGGAUCUCGCCAAGGCAACACAACUACAGGCUGAUGUCCUUGAUCCCAUACUCGGUAUCUUCCUAAAAUCCAAAGUCCUCACUAUGACUCCAGCAGAUGAUAAGCCAGGACCCGGUAAAACCUUCCACUUGAAUUAUGACUUCAAGAGUAAGAAGAUUCGUGUCAAUUUGAACAUUGGUAUCAAAUCAGAGCAAAAGCAGGAGGUUGAUGAAACUCAUAAGACUAUUGAGGAAGAUAGAAAGUUGCUGAUGCAGUCCGCUAUUGUUCGUAUCAUGAAGGCACGAAAGAGGAUGAAGCACAGCCAACUUGUCGGAGAAACAAUCAACCAGAUACGCUCCCGAUUCUCACCUAAGAUUCCAGAUAUCAAGAAGUGUAUUGAUAUCUUAUUGGAGAAGGAAUAUCUCGAACGACUUGAUGACGAUGAGCUCGGAUAUCUUGCAUGA